AUGUAUGUUAGAAGCGGCGUUCGGGUGUGUAUCGCAAGUUUUUCCAGGCUAGCGAGAAGUUAUCGUCGCCAGAGGCUUUUACGCCUCCGCGGCGAGAGCCGAAGCUCUCAACACUCAGCGGAGUGGUACAAGGAUGGGUAUAUCAUUGGCGACAGGCAGUUGCCGAAAUCACGGAUUAUACAGGUUGGCAAAGAUGUUUAUGUGGUGACUUUGCGAAAAAGGCAUAUAAAGAAGCGCAAACAAAGAAAAGGGAGAGACAAGAAAAGCAAUGAACUCCUGCGCGUGCAAGGCAAGAAGAGCAAGCGGAAGAGCUCCGUUCGUGACAUAUGGGCCCCAAAUAAGCGCACACAGCGCAAACAGAAGAGAGUUAAGAAAUGGGUGAGGAGGAACGCGUAUAAGCUCAUCUCACGACAUAUCCCUCAAGACAUGUGCAGCAGCAAAGUGGAAUUUUCAGGCAAGGACAUCAGUAAAAAGCUGAGAGUCCUGGAUUGCUCGAGAUGGCUGACGGAGCAGAGAGUCCUGGAUUGCUCGAGAUGGCUGACGGAGCUGAGAGUCCUGGAUUGCUCGAAAUGGCUGACGGAGCUGAGAGUCCUGGAUUGCUCGAGAUGGCUGACGGAGCUGAGAGGUAGUGGUUACGGGGGGAUGCUGUCCUUGUUCAUGGCGGAUCGAGAUGAGCAGGCGCCAUUACGUGAUCACACCUCCUUACCUGUGACAAGGGAGGGAAAUGCUGCUGGAAAUGGUUCCCCAGACGGUACAACACAAGUACCAGAGGACCGGGAAGGAUCUGGUAAUACAGACGGUACAGCACCAGUACCAAAUGACCAAGAAGAGUCUGGUAAUACCGAUGAUACAGCACCGGUACCAAAUGACCAGGAUGUGUCUGGUAAUACAGACGGUACAGCACCAAUACCAAAUGACCAGGAAGGAGCUGGUAAUACAGAAGGUACAGCACCAAUACCAAAUGACCAAAAAGGAUCUGGUAAUACAGACGGUACAGCACCAGUACAAAAUGAGCAGAAAGGGUCAUUUGGCUCAGGGUACUCGGAAGCCGAUCAUCCGGCUGCAGCUUCACAGACCCAGGAUGUUUGUGAUACAAGUGACUCACAGCAUCAAUCGCAACAAUCGCUCGACACAGCUUUUAACGAGAUCUUGACGGUCUCGGUGGACGAAAUGUCACCCCACGGCACAAAAAACAACGACGACAAAAUGGCGACUGGGGUUGUCACCGUCACAAAAACAUCGGAUGAUCAUGUCAAGCAAGCUGUCACACCAUCACCAAAUGAUCCAGUGAGGCCAUCUGCCAUUGUUAUCACGCUGUUGUCACAUCACCAAGUCACACAAUCUGCAUGUAAUACCAUGUUUCCAUUAGAUGAAGAUUGUCAGUUCACACCAUCUGCUACCGAUGUCACGCAAAUAUCAUAUGAUCAGGUCAUGCCAUCUUGUGAUGCCCCAGCAACAUCAGAUGAUCAGGUCACGCCAUCUUCUAGUGAUGUCCCAACAACAUCGGAUGAUCAGGUCACGCCAUCUGCUAGUGAUGUCCCAACAACAUCAGAUGACCAGGUCACGCCAUCUCCUAGUAAUAUUCCAACAGCAUCAGAUGAUCAGAUCACGCCAUCUUCUAGUGAUGUACCAGCAACAUCUGAUGACCACGUCACACCAUCUGCUAGUGAUGUUCCAACAACAUCAGAUGAUCAGGUCACGCCAUCUGCUAGUGAUGUACCAGCAACAUCUGAUGACCAGGUCACGACAUCUGCUAGUGAUGUCACAUCAACAUCGGAUGAUCAGGUCACGCCAUCUGCUAGUGAUGUCCCAAUAACAUCAGAUGAUCAGGUCACGCCAUCUGCUAGUGAUGUCCCAACAACAUCAGAUGAUCAGGUCACGCCAUCUGCUAGUGAUGUCAUGUCAACAUCGGAUGAUCAGGUCACGCCAUCUUCUAGUGAUGUCCCGAAAACAUCCGAUGAUCAGGUCACGCCACCUGCUAGUGAUGUCCCAACAACAUCAGAUGACCACGUCACACCAUCUGCUAGUGAUGUUCCAACAACAUCAGAUGAUCAGAUCACGCCAUCUUCUAGUGAUGUACCAGCAACAUCUGAUGACCAGGUCACGACAUCUGCUAGUGAUGUCACAUCAACAUCGGAUGACCAGGUCACGCCAUCUGCUAGUGAUGUCCCAACAACAUCAGAUGAUCACGUCACGCCAUCUGCUAGUGAUGUCCCAACAACAUCAGAUGAUAAGGUCACGCAAUCUGCUAGUGAUGUCCCAACAGCAUCAGAUGAUCAGGUCACGCAAUCUGCUAGUAAUGUCCCAACAGCAUCAGAUAAUCAGGUCACGCCAUCUCCUAGUCAUGUCACACCAACAUCAAAUAAUCAGGUCACGCCAUCUCCUAGUCAUGUCACACCAACAUCAGAUGAUCAGGUCACGCCCUCUGGUAAGGAUAUCUCUCCAGUCCAAUCUGAGUUGAACAUUGAUUAUCAAGACCCCAGGUGUAGGGAGAUUGCGACUUUUAAUACCCUUAAAGAUUCUAUCGUUCUGGCGCCAGCUCAAAAAAUCAUAGACGAUGAAGUUCAGCAGAAAGGAGAUACCAAGAUCGUGACUGCUUAUACUCCUAAAGAGUCGGGUAAAGAGAUCACGAAUGAUGAUGAUCUGUCUAAACUUGGCAUUGACCGAUUGACUUCUACCCCCCCUAAAGAGUUGUGUAUUCCGUCGCCAGCUGAUAAGAGCAUCAUUGAUCACAAUCACGAUCAUUUGUCGCCUGGUGACACUCCUAUAGAGUUGGCCGUCUUGAUGGUAGCUGAAAAUAACAUGGAUGUUCAAGACGACAGCGAGGUUGCGAGCGAUAAAGCGUCGAAUGUAGAGAACAGUGAGAAAGACAUUGAAGAACUGACUUUAAACCCCCAUAAAAUGUCAAAAAUUAACGACAUCUUUAAUCAUGAGAAGAACUUUAAAACACCACUUGUUGGCUCUGCUAGUGAGUCCGGUGCUCAGUCGUCAUGUAAUGAUACAGUUUAUGAACAAAGCCAGUCUGUGGAUGUUAUUAAAGUACCUAAUAUCGUGGCAGGAAUCAAGGAAGGAAUCAAGAGAGACACAACUAUUCCCGCGGAACCUGCCGUAUCCACCAGCGAUACCCCUGUCGAGGACAGGCAAGUCCGUUUUGCACCGGACACUACCACUAACCUUCCGGUAGUCAACAAACAGCCUCACACAUCUGUCAUCGCGGCCAGGAAAGCGGCGGAAUCCUCAUCCGCACACCAACCACCACUACACCCUAAUUUAUUGGAAACUACUACAGUAACUAAGGUAACGCCUGCCUCGCCCGCGACAAAGCCCACCAAAGUCGCCCCAUCCCCCGAACCGAAGCGAAGGGAUAUAAAAAUUACUGCUUGGAGCGAUGGAGAGUGCAGUUUUUCUACGCAGAAUGCUGGCAGAGAUGUCUCGCAAACGAGAGCUGCUGUUGGAUUGAGAGGGGUGCCAUGUAUCUCAUCGGAAACAAACAGAAGUGGAGAAAAAGUUACUUGUUAUCUUGUUGGGAGAGACUCAGAAGGUGCAACCAAGUCAGAGCCCCCGAGCCGUCCACGGUAUGAUCACUUGAGCAUUGAGCGCCCUGGUCUUGUUGGUUGGUUGCGUCAGGGACUGAGGAGAAUAAUGAACAACAGGAACAAAGUCGUUCCCACGGUGACUUGUGAUGGGCAGACGAACGUCCUUUUGAGCCUCAGUGUAAUCGAUCCCAGCGCCCUUGCAGAGGAGCUCACCAUGAUUGAUAGCGAGAUGCUUCGGGAAAUAGAGUUUGAUGAGAUCAAGGGCGGUGUAUGGAGGACAAGCGAGAUGGAGCAGCGGUCCCCGCACGUGCAUGCGAUGAUCCAGUUCUACAACAAUCUUUCCGCCAUCUGCGUGACAGAGAUCCUGUCCAAGGAAAAGACCAAGGACCGCGCCCACGUUAUUGCUAAGAUCAUUAAGAUUGCCGAGAAGUGCGCGCUGAUGAAUAACUUCAAUAGUUGUAAAGCACUGCUGUCGUCCUUCCGCUUUCAUGUGAUUUCAAGGCUAUCGAAUACUUGGAAAAAAGUAUCGAGAAAAGCCAAAAGUACUAAGGCUCACCUUUUGGCGCAAAUGUCUUCUCUCGACGACAUCGCAAUCAUGAGACGACACCAAAGAGUGUGUCUUAAACGAGGCGUCAACUCUAUCCAGUUUCUUGGUGACAUUCUGCACCAGAUACACUACAUCGAGGAGUGCUUUUCACGGACAAGCGAUGCAAGUGACCAACCCGCUACCGGAGAAUGCGACGCCUCUACCUCGACAGUCAAGGACGGCGAUACAUCUGUAGUCUCUACAGUCAAGGAUGGCGAUACAUCUGAAGUCUGCCAAUCGUUUGACAAAGGGAUGAUGAACGUUGCAUCUAACCUACCCUCGAAUGAGGUAACUGAUCUUAUAUCGUCAAAUCCCACUGAAAACAUCUGCCAUAUCGCGGACGCUGACCUUUCUAAUAAUGGCUUCGACCCCUCACCUCCUGUGUUGCUUAGCAACCCAAGGCAAGGUAGCUGUACCCAUGAUGCUCUUGAGGAUGAGCUACGUCAGAUGUUGCAGACCUAUCAAGACGCCGCACAGGGUUACCGGUUCUCCCGCCGUCCCGCUGUCAAAUCUUUCCUCUUGAACGCGACAAUUAAUGACCCUGAGGACAAUGUUGAUCUGUCGUACGGCCUGCGGUUUUUCGCUAACGAACAAUGGAGGAAAGGGAAGGGCGUCCCUUUCUCAUCUCAGAAAUCAGUGAUGCCCUAAAUAGGAAAGUUUCUCUAAUGUUUCUAUAAUCACUACCCUGAAUAAAAUGCACCCUUUUUGCCGGUAUGUAAGAGUUCGGGAUCUCUUUUAAACAAACGGAGUAGAGAAGUGAGCAGCGCACUUAAUGAAUUCUCUAUUGUGGGGUGCCGACCCGUGUGGUUAUUUUUCCAUCGGUUAUAAAAUGUUGAAAAAAUCACAAAACAAUUGGCCCAAGCAAAGAAGUAAGAUAUCUAUUAUAAAGCGCCUAUAGAAAAACAAUUUAAUUUCAAAUUG